UAUAAAGCGCCCGCACGCGCGCGGCUUCACUCCCCAGUCGGGCGACGUCAGUUCACGUCAAUUCAAACUUCUUCACUUUUUUGCCCCCAGAAAAUGAUCGAUAAAGUUGGAAAAAACCUUGGCUUUCGGAUAUAUUUUUAUUUUUGACUCGCUUCGCCAACUUUGACGGACUUCCGGCCGCAGGUGAGCAUGGGCGUCACUCGGUGAGGAUUAGCGGCGUGAGGGAGGCGACAUGCGCCGCGGGGACGUGCCUGUGACCCGGGGAGGCUGAUGGAAAAUAGCCCGCUGAGCGCCCGCUGCUCCGGCCCCGUCCAGAGGAAAGUCCUCCUGCUCAGCAUCAUGGUCCUCGUCUGGCUCUUCAUGCUCUACUCCUGCGCGGGGCCGUGCUCCGGCGUGCCCGGCGGGCUGCUCGAGUCCUACCGGGACAGCGGCGCUCCGGUGGUGGCCAGGAGGACCGAGCGGGCGGACCUGCUGUCCCGGCUGAUGGUGGCCAAGACGCCGCCGCAGCAGCCGUGGGAGGACGUGGACGACGAGGAGCCCCCCGUCAGGACCGCCGCCGCGUCCCGGGACUUGCUGGACGACGAGCCGCCGGAGAGGACCGCCGACUGGGACGGCGUGCCCGGCCGGGCGCCUGCUCCGGAGCCCAGCGGCUUGUCGAGCUUCUCCAACGGCUCCGGGAGCAAGAAGCUGCCGCAGGCGAUCAUCAUCGGGGUGAAGAAGGGAGGCACCCGGGCUCUGCUGGAGUUCCUGCGGGUGCACCCGGACAUCAGGGCCGUGGGGGCCGAGCCGCACUUCUUCGACCGCAACUACGACAAGGGCCUGGGGUGGUACAGGGAUCUGAUGCCCAAGACCCUGGAGGGCCAGAUCACCAUGGAGAAGACCCCCAGCUACUUUGUGACCAAAGAGGCCCCGGCCCGGAUCGCGGCCAUGUCCCGGGCCACCAAGCUGAUCGUGGUCGUGCGGGACCCGGUCACCCGCGCCAUCUCGGACUACACCCAGACCCUGUCCAAGAAGCCCGACAUCCCCUCCUUCCAGAGCCUGACCUUCAAGAACCGCACCACGGGCCUCAUCGACACCUCGUGGAGCGCGGUCCAGAUCGGCGUGUACGCCAAGCACCUGGACAACUGGCUGCAGUAUUUCCCCGCCCGCCAGAUCCUCUUCGUGAGCGGCGAGCGGCUCAUCAGCGACCCGGCCGGAGAGCUGGGCCGCGUGCAGGACUUCCUGGGCCUGAAGCGCAUCAUCACGGACAAACACUUCUACUUCAACCAGACCAAGGGCUUCCCCUGCCUGAAGAAGGCCGAGGGCAGCAGCAAGCCCCACUGCCUGGGAAAGACCAAAGGCCGCACGCACCCGGACAUCCGGCCCGAGGUGGUGCAAAGGCUCCGGGACUUCUACCGGCCCUUUAACAUGAAGUUCUACCAGAUGACCUCGCACAACUUUGCCUGGGACUGACUGACUAUUAUUAUUAUUAUUAUUAUUAUUAUUGUUAUUAGGUGGACAUAUAUAUAUAAACAUACAUGUAUAUGUAUGGAAAUGUACAGAAAUCUAUUUUAUAAUAAUUUAUUUUUAUUUCCCAGCAAAUAAUUCACUAAGCUGCCUAACCGUGUUCCUUCACCACGCCAGGCUCACCUUUUGUUUUGUUUUUGUGGCUUUUAAUCGACAUUCCUCACGUCCGUAAUGCUGAGUCGGCAAACAAUCGGAUUUUACGAUUUUGUCCCCCAGUGGAAGGCUAAGGUAGCUACACAACAGCUCCAGGUUUGACACUUUUUUUACUCUUAAUUUCCCCGGCAAGACACAUUAGUCGUGUAGCUUGGUAUGUGACACACAUGCUAACAUGCUAAUAUUAGCAUGCUAACUUUUUGAGCGAGUUUUGCAAUCGUUUACACAAGAGUCACGUAACUCUGUAUGUGACACAAGCCAUAUGUUAGCAUUCUACCGUUAGCUUGCUCGCACGCUAACAUCAGCGUGCUAACUUUUUAAGCUAGUUCUGCAACCGUUUACACCAGACAUUUGUUAACGGUCAAAAUGCAAACGAUAGCACGCUGGCAAGUUUUUCCAUUUAAUUUUUACAGUUUUUUUCUCUAUUUUCGAGCCAUACACCUUUAGAGUCACAACUUAUGUCACACAUCAAGUUAUAUCUGUUUGCUUGCUGACAUUAGAAUGCUAACUUUCGGAACUAGUUUUGCAACUGUUUAUAUAACUUGGUUUGUGACAUUUGUUAACUGUUAGCUUGCCAGCAUGCUAUUGUUUGCGUGCUAACUUAAGCAUGCUAAGUUUUUCAUCUGAUUUAACACUUUGUUUUCUCUCUCUAUUUUCUUGGCUAAAUAACUUGGUAUCUGACACAAGCGAUCUGUUAGCAUGCUCAAAUGCUAACAUUAGCCUGCUAACUAACUUUUUUUCCUCUAUUUUGCAGCCAUACACCUUUGAGUCACAGCUUAUGUCACACAACAAGUUUUAUCUGUUAGCAUGCUACCGUUUGCUUGCUGACAUUAGAAUGCUAACUUUCUGAACUAGUUUUGCAACCGUUUAUAUAACUUGGUUUGUGACAUUUGUUAACUGUUAGCUUGCCAGCAUGCUAUUGUUUGCGUGCUAACUUAAGCAUCCUAAGUUUUUCAUCUGAUUUAACAUUGUAUUUUCUCUCUCUAUUUUCCCAGCCAUAAACCUUGGUUAAAUAACGUGGUAUCCGACACAAGCGAUCUGUUAGCAUGCUACCGUUAGCUUGCUCAAACGCUAACAUUAGCGUGCUAACUAACUUUUUUUUCCUCUAUUUUGCAGCCAUACACCUUUGAGUCACAGCUUAUGUCACACAUCAAGUUAUAUCUGUUAGCAUGCUACCGUUUGCUUGCUGACAUUAGAAUGCUAACUUUCCGAACUAGUUUUGCAGCCGUAUAACUUGGUUUGUGACAUUUGUUAACUGUUAGCUUGCCAGCAUGCUUUUGUUUGCGUGCUAACUUAAGCAUGCUAAGUUUUUCAUCUGAUUUAACACUUUGUUUUCUCUCUCUAUUUUCUUGGUUAAAUAACGUGGUAUCUGACACAAGCGAUCUGUUAGCAUGCUACCGUUAGCUUGCUCAAACGCUAACAUUAGCGUGCUUACUAAUUUUUUUUUCCUCUAUUUUGCAGCCAUACACCUUUGAGUCACGGCUUAUGUCACAGAUCAAGUUAUAUCUGUUAGCAUGCUACCAUUUGCUUACUGACAUUAGAAUGCUAACUUUCCGAACUAGUUUUGCAACCGUAUAACUUGGUUUGUGACAUUUGUUAGCUGUUAGCUUGCCAGUUUGCGUGCUAACUUAAGCGUGCUAAGUUUUUCAUCUGAUUUAACACUUAGUUUUUCUCUCUAUUUUCCAAGCCGUAUAUCUUGGUUAAAUAACGUGGUAUCCGACACAAGCGAUCUGUUAGCAUGCUACCGUUAGCUUGCGCAAACGCUAACAUUAGCCUGCUAACUAACUUUUUUCCCUCUAUUUUGCAGCCAUACACCUUUGAGUCAUAUGGAUUGAUAUAUGAAACAUGUUGACUGUUAUCAUGCUAACAGUUGCACACAUGCUAAAGGUUAGCAUUUUAAUGUAAGCAUGCUAACAUUUUGUACAGUUACACCUAAAACUCUCGGAUUCAGACACUCUGCGCCAUCUUCAAAGUACGGCGACGUUCGAGGAAAGGUCCGGGGCACAAAGAGCAGACCCAUCCACAUUUCCGCGGGAAUUUUCUAGUUAUGGGCCUGCUCUGAUGCGUAAUAUUAUUCCUGAUACUUCAAACUUUAUUACUUUAUAAGUGAAGCUAAAUGGGAAAUUGAUGCCCAACUGUUUCAAAGGUCAGUCAAAGUCAAACAAAACGAUUUGUCCUGGAGAGCCGCGGAGGACGGAGCUUAUUUUUCUGCCUUAUGGACUCACCCUCAACCUCCUCCUCCUUAUGUCUUUUUUUGCCAAAAAGAAAGAAUCACACAGCCUUAUAAGUCGAUUUUUGGUGUCGGACAGGAAGUCUUUAUAUGCAAAAAGGAGUGAUUUAUUUUGAAAAAGCAACAUGUCCUACACUGAAUGUAGAGAUUUGAAACUAAAAUGGUGUUGUGCCUCUUUGAAAUAACCCAAUUCUACACUUUAAGGCUGUUUUCUUUUCUUCUUCUGGGGUUUUCCAACCUCAUCUUCGGGGGAAGCAUUUAACUUCAUCACAGCAACGUUGACUUCUGCUGCGAGACAUGAGAUUAAUGACGAAGAAAGAAAAAAAAAAGUGGUUUUGUCGCGUUUAUGGUUGAGUUUUAUUCAGCCGGCUUUUUGUUUCGUCUGCAAAUGUUUGCUUUGGAAAAUAAUAUUUUGUGUUGGAACGAGCGGAGGUUGGCAGGAAUGGAGUUUCUAGACAAUGAAAGACUAAACAUUCAUAAUAUUUCUUUGUAUGAAGAAAUAAAUAAGUAUAUAUUUUACCAAAAA